GUUUGAGCACAUCCAAAGUGAUGCAGGGGAAUAUGGAGCGGAUGGGGCCGCCAAAGUUCCAGGCCAUGAGCGCCUUUGCAGAGUCCCCUUCUCUGUGUCGGCGAGGCAAAAGUCUCCGAUUUGCGGCAAUUUCCUUUCCGCCACUUGGUCAAGAGAGGGCAACACACACAAGUACAAGCGGACGGAAGAGCUGAACAGGGCGCGCUCAGGACGCACAACCACGUUGGGAGACUUUGCAGCAUUAUGAAGCAGCUUCUUGCGCUGCUGGUGGCCAGCUGCGCGUUUGCCGCGCAAGGUACAGCAGAUCCAGAAUCUCUGUUACUGUAUGUAAGGACGAGGAGCUCAAUAUUUGACGAAUUCAAUUUGUUGCGGUGUUGUAUGUUUGCUACAGCGAUGGAGACGCUGGAAAUGAGCGAGGAUGUGACCUUCGACAGCGUAGUGCUCAAUGGAGAGAGCCGCAAAUUGGCAGGAGCAGCGGUAGACACGACAACGUUCCCCGAUAACUACACGCCUGGGCAGGUCAUGGCGGCGGAGGAUGAAGAACGCGCAGUCGGAGUGUGGCCUACUUCGAAGGGAAUGGUGCCGCUCACAAGACCCCGGACGGUGGGUCCUUCCACACCGUUUGACGGCGGUAUGAAGACGUACAAACGCAGUAAUGUGGCUUUUAAAUCUGGCGCUAAAAUGACCAGAGCGAACGCCGUGUUCGUCGUACAGGCUGGUGGAACUCUGAGUAACGUGAUUAUUGCUGGUGGCGGCGGUGUCUUCUGUGAGACGCACAAUUGUGCUUUGGUGAACGUGUGGUUCAAGGACUCGGUACAGAGUGCACUGCACGUCAACUCGGGCACAGGAAUCACGACCAUCACUGGCGGAGGAGCCAGAAAUGUGGCACGUCGAGUCAUCUUCGGCCAAGCCUCAGGUACUGUGGUUGUCAGUGGCGGGUUCUACAUGGUAAAUUCAGGCCGAUUGUUCGAGUCUUGCGGCACCUGUGGCCCGGUGAAGCGUGGCGUUAUCGUGGACGGUGUCGUGAGUGUGAACCCGACUGCGGAGCUCAUUCGAAUGAACUCGAACUACAAUGACCGAGGCACCAUUUCCAAGGCCACCAUUACCACGUCGAUGGCCAACUACCCUGUAUGCACGCGCUUCAUUGGCGGCGCUACCCCCAGGAAGGUCGGAAACGGAGCAGCUCCCCCCGUCUGCGCGUACUCCAAGGCUGGAGUGACGGUCAAAUAGGUUGGCGCCUUUGACGAGAGUAUUCGGUGAUCGAAAUGCUGCCUCAGCAUUUAUUGCGUUUUCGAUGUUGCAGAGAGCGAUUGCGAGCUUUCUUGUCAGCUAGAAUAGCGUGUAGUAAAAUGGAAAGACAAGCUAUUAUCUCUGUUCAGGAAGG